AAGCUGCUUGUUAUUGAUCUCAGAAUCUGAUGCUUUUAUGUACAGAAAUGAUGUGAGACUGUCCAAUACCUGUUUCCGUUGGACUGAAAUGUAGAGAAUGGUGUGAGCGAUAGGGAGUGCCUCUCUGCACCUCUGUCCAUGGGGAGAGUCCGGGCGCAGCAGCGCGGGGGCUGAUGGGAGGAACAGUGCACACUCCUGGAGUGAGUAGUGUGCAGUGAGGUGAAGGAAAGCUCGAGCAGUCCUCAUCAGCAGCUUUAAACACAACAAAGCCAAAAGCCCGCGGUGCGACACACAGCUUCUGCUCUCUCUCUCUCUCUUUCUCUCUCUCUCUCUCUCUCUCUCUCUCUCUCUGUGCGUUUGUGCGCGUAGAAAAGUGGCUUUUUUUUACUCUCAGACACCUUCAGAUCUUGCGCAAAGAGGAAAAGUGAUGAUGGUGCGCUUUGUGUGAACUGACUUUGGGAGGUGAAGCAUGGCCAUUAACACUGACAGUGCGUUUGAGAAGUCGGGUCUGGCUGAAAGCGGCAGGGCGCAGCAGGAAACGGAGAAGCUGCUGAGUGACGGCGGAGCAGGAAACGGGCUCAGCAUGUCCACCUCCGGCACUCUCACUGUGGACGUAGAGAAAGGAGCCGAGGGCGAGCAGAACGGCCACGGAGGACCGCAGAGAUCCAGCUCGGUGGUGCAGCUCGCCUCAGCACCCCUGUCCUCCUCCAGACCAAGCCUGAGCCGCACCUCAUCCACCGGCAACGCGGUGCAGGAGCAGCCCAAGCCCAAAGACUACCUGCUGCUGGUCAUCCUGUCCUGCUUCUGCCCCGUGUGGCCCGUCAGCAUCGUAGCGCUCGUGUAUUCCGUCAUGUCCAGAAACAGCCUACAGCAGGGGGAUAUCGAUGGGGCGAGACGUCUGGGUCGCCUGGCUCGCCUACUCAGCAUCGUGGCUAUCGUCCUGGGCCUGGUCGCGAUUAUCGUCUACGUUGUGGUGUCAGUGAGCUAAAGUACGGGAACACCCCGCUGACGAGAAAUAACCAUCUACAGCAAAAAACCUCUACUGUGUAAUUAGAAAAAAUGAGAUCUUUCUUAUAAAAUUACCUACAAAACAUAAAAAGAAAUUAAAAGGAGUGUAUCAAAAAUAAGAUCUAUUUACAGAGAAAUGACAUGCAUGCUUUAAGUUAAUGUGUGCUUGAUAAAAAAAGAAAUAAAAUGAAGAGUGAUUGCUUAGUGUACACGGAACACUGUUCUGAGGAAUUGACUGAAGAUGAUGCCAAGGGUGAGAGCGGAACUCUUCAGCAAGAUGGGGACUUUGAGCUGCAAGCUGCAUCAUAACCUUAUAUUACUCCCAGAUGUGCAGAUAUAUUUGCAAUAUAACUCUUCACAUAUAUUUUAUGUAAAGAUUUGUAUGACAAGAUGAAAUGAACUUUGGAGAAACAGGAGAGUCUUAGCUUUGCUGGAUGACUUGUGACCUCAUGGACUUUGUCCAAAGAAAAUGGAAGCGAUUCUGAAUGGGAGGAGUUUUUUGUUUACAUUAUUUAUUUUGUAGCUUUUGAUUUAUGAAGACGACCAUGUGCAUGUGAAAAGCCAAGCGACAUCACCUCCCAUUAGAAAGACUGUAGUUUUUCGUGGACUUUUAAAGUGGAUUGCACACACUACAUGUCCGGGGCUGGUCUUGGCACAGAUGAGCUGAUUCUCUUUGCCUUGCUGUUGGAAGGGGUCCGAGUAGUGAGCACUGAAACGCAUGUUGAAUCCCCUUCCCAAUCUGAGCUACCUGCUGAAGCAUGGACAAACGUCUAGAGGCAUGAAGAGGGCAGGACCACUUCACCGUGCUCUGUGCCAAAGCCCUCAGAGCUGUACUCUACCCACAAUCACUGAAACCACUAGUGCAGAAUGCCAGUCUAGCUCUUUUGGACUCCUAACUUGUAUACGUAUGCUAUAUAAUCCAUAUACUUAUCAAACUAUUUAGGCAUGCUGUAGACAGACAGUAUAUCUGUUUGCUAUUCUCACACACACAAAAAAUUGCCAUCUUACAAAUUAAGUUGUUUCUUUGAUAUGACACAAAGAAAUUACAGUAUUUAAUGCAUCUCUGCAAAAUUAACCUAGUGACGUAAAAAAGGAAAUUUAUAAUCUAAAUUUAUAAUCUAAAACUUUGUUGAAGUUAAAUACAAAGAGACCUAGAUUUGGUUAUUAGGCUUUUUCCUCAUAGAUGGAAUACAUGAUGACUUUCUCAUUCUGUUCAAUCUGAAUUAAGUAUUUUACUGCCCCAUUCACUGAUUUCUAAGCACUUUAUUACCUGAUCCUUUUCAGGAUUUUUACUUCAGAUUCAUGAUUCUCUUCAAAUUGAUUGACAAAUUUCAAAUUUAUGUAUUUUUGUCUUUGAUAUAUUGCCUUGUUUUUUUGUACAGGUAGAGACUGUUACCAUCUACAAACCACCCAGAAUCACUAAUCACAGGAUUCUGUAUACCAUUUUACCUCAUCCACUGCUUUUCUGUCCAUACCAUGUGUGUGUGUGAAUGUGUGUGAAUGUAAGAGGUAGAAAUGCUAAGCUUUGCUCUACGCUGUGGAACAUUUAGACAAACACAGCUCACUUAUAGAAAUAUCUGUUUGAUACAUCAGGUACUUACUGUACAUUAAAGUGCAGUGCCAAUAUUGAUGAGAUGCACAAGUGCUGCUAUGUGUCUAAUACUGUGAUUUUUCCUUCAAUUGUUUAGGGUACCUUGGUUCACUUUGGAUAUGGAUUUUCAUUUCAUAGGUUCAUUGUGUACAUCUGCAUGGGUGGAAUAAAUGUUAACAUGCAUGGUC